AUGCAUCGAUAUCGUGUCUACGUAGCGUUUACAUUAGUAAAACGUUUCAAAUCAACGAAAGAAAAUAUCGAUACUACCUAUUAUAUACCUCCUAAAACAUUUCGCCCCGCAUAUUUUCAUCCGUUAAAACCAUUCGAACGUAAACCGCCAGAUCCAUUUCCACCAUUUCCAAAUGAAGGUGAUGCAAGUGGCAUGGGACCACGUUUGUAUGAUUAUCAGGUAAUGAGCGAACUUGUACGUAGUUUACCUAGUGCUUCGGAACGGAUUGAUUUUGUUAAUCCAUAUGAACGUGAAUUUACGAAACGUGAGAAACGUUUUCAUCGGCCAUGGCAGGCGCAGUUAUUGAAAACACGAAAAGCAUGGAGGAUACAGUCGUUUCCGAAUUAUUAUGAUCCGUUAAAUUUUUAUCAGUAUAUCACAAAAACAAGAUGUAUAGAAGGAUUAAACCAAUGGUAUGAUGAAUCUAUUCCAAUGCUUACUGAAGAUUUCGAGAAUCGUUUAAGCGAAAUGUUGAAAUUACAUUUGGAAUCGUCGAAUGUUGAUAGCGAACAAGAAAGAACUACGAGAAUUUUGAGAAGCUUACUGGAUUUGUUGCUUGAAAAUAUGAUUCAAAGCGGCAUGUAUUCUUGUCUAGCACAACAGAGGAUAUCUCAUGCGCCACGAUGUGAAUCAUUCUGGAUUCGUUGUGGAUUUGAUGCUCUUUACGAAAAUGUUAAUACACAACGACAUCGAGGUGAUAACAGAGCAAAGCUUGGUGAAUUGGCUUUCGUCAUGAGGGAUUCAUUUUCAACGCAGUUACGAACGAAACAUCCAUUGAAACCUUUGAUGUCAUUUUGGGAUAAGGAAGUUGUGGAGCCAUUGUUUGAUCCUUCAUUUAAUAUUAAAGAUGAAUUAAUAUAUUCUCCUGCUAUGUUUGGGAUGAUGGCUGAUGCAGAUCCAUUAUGGCAGUGUCCAGGAUAUGAACCAGAUUGUGGUGAAGAAUACAAAUAUGGUCAGAUAGGAUUUAAACAAUUUAAUGAUUUGGAUAUUCAUUGUAAAAGAUGGAAAGUGAAGGGCGAGGAAGAGGAAAUAGUUCGCAAUGAAUGCCUUCGAGCUUCUGCUGUUGUAUCGCUCUUUUCUUGGCUAAAUGCUCAAGCUCAUGCAUUGGGUUUCACUCAAUACAACGAUAUCGAAUAUCCUUUUGUAUCGCAGUUAGUGUUAUCUAAUGGAAAGCAAUUCUUCUUUGCUAUAGCUCAACUGAACACUUUACUUAUUAACGUGGAUAUUGAGGGAAUAAUAAAUAAACGUUCAAAUUUAUGCUACGUCGAAGGACCACUAAAUCUGUAUGAUCGAUAUGAUUGCGAUAAAGGUAUAUUUGAAUUUGGUAAAAAGAAUGACACUGAUGCAGAAUCAGUAAACAAUUUUAAUCCACAUGUGAUUGGUCGAUUGAUGCAAAUGCUUGUGAAGGAUAUGCCUGUAAACAAAGAGAUGACAUAUGAUUCAAUGAAAAUGUCAAAGUAUAUUCCUGUAACAUUUGAUAAUAUUCCAUAG